CUGAGUGGCAAUUGAGAAUGGAAAAAUUGGGAGAUGAUCUCUUAGCUUUGAUUAUGAGUAGGAUUGAUUACUCUGCCUAUAGAAAAUCCAUUUCUCAAGUCUCUAAGCAAUGGUGCAGAGUUGAAGGUUUAACUCGAUCAUCUCUACGUGUUUUUGAACCCAAUCUUCUACUUAAUUUCCUUCCAAGAUUCCCAAAUUUGCUAAAAUUUGAAACAUCUGAAGAAAUCACAAAUACCCAUCUUCGAAUCUUGGCUGAAAAUUGCCCACGAAUCCAAGUUCUUAACCUUAAAUUCAAGAAAAAGAACAGAUUUUAUGAUGAAAUGGAUGAAAAUUUAGUGUUGGAUGAUGAUUUUGAUGAAAAGGGGUUGUAUUUUAUUGCAAAGGGUUGUUGUUCUUGUCUUGAUACAGUUUGUUUGAGAAAGAGAAGUGGAGUUGGGGAUGGUGGGGUUGGGUUUCUUGUUAAGUUUUUGCCAAAGUUGAUAGCUUUAGACUUGAGUUGUUGUGAUAAGGUUAGUGAUGAAGCACUUAGAGUUAUUGGAAGUGUUAGUAGGUCUUUGAAGAACUUGAAUUUGCAGGGUUGUUGGUUGGUAUCCGAUACCGGUUUGAAAUCAUUGGCAGAAGGACCUGUAAGGAUGACUUUGAAGAAACUAAUUCUUGCUGAAUGUGAUAGGAUUACAGAUUGUGGAGUGCUGAGUUUGAUGAAAUUUUGUUGUUUGGAGGAAUUGGAUUUGGGAGAAUGCGGACCGAAUGUGACUGAUGUUACUGGUGAGGCUAUUGCUUCGAGUGAGAGUGUUAAGAGGUUGAACUUGUCGUGGCUUGUUAAUGUAUCUGAUGCUACUGUUGUUGCUCUUGCUGAAGGUUGCAAGAAUUUGGAUGCUCUUAAUUUAACUGGUUGUGAAUUUGUCACUGGUGAAGGUGUCUGUACUUUGACAAAGCAUAGGUCAUUGAAAGAGCUCGUUUUGACUAAUUGCGAAAAGCUUAGUGGAUAUGAUUUGGAAGAGUUGGUACUGGGAUGCCAAACAUUAGAACACAUUGUGGUUGACAGACGAUUAAGGUUGUGGUUCCCUAUGGAAGUGCAGGAUAAUAUCAUGAGACAAUACUGUUGGAUAGAUUGGAAAUAACAGAUGAAAGGCGAGUUGAAAGUCUUGUUUCAGGUUUGAACUGUUGAAUAAUGAAUGAUGGACGGUGUAGCAGUAUUUGCAAAAUCUGUCUUUCGCUAUUUAUUGCUUGUUCCUGCUGGGAGCAAAUACAUUUUCUGUGCGCUAGAAAGUGGAAAUAUUGGGCACUGCAAAAUACUCAGGUUGGAGAACUAUUGCCAUGUCAAGUGUGUAGGGAUGGUUUCCAUAAACAUGAUGUAUGAACAACAAAGGCAUUUUCACACCAUGCGAGAAAACAAAGGGGCAUCUCUACAGUGAUUGCAACAAAUACUGAUGCCUUCAAGACAGAUAUCUGUCCUUAUUGCUUGUCAAGGAGCUUAGACCAAUUUAUGACUCAAUGGCCAGUGAAAUUUUCCGGAAAAUUCAGUUGAUGGCUUGAAUGUACUAUUUUAAACUUCUGAUUUUUCUG